CGGUGCUUCUGGUGCGGCCUACCCGCCUCCUGACGUCGGUAGCGGUGGCGGGGCCGGCCUGCCAGCGCGAGAGGAGGGUGCCAGUGGUGGCGCGGGUGCGAGCGGGCCGCGUGGCACACCAUGUCAGUCGGCAGACCAGAGCAGCGGUGCCGCCGGUCGGCGAUGUGGUGGUUUGUGGGGCACGUGUUCAUGUGGCUGUGGCUGGUCGGCGUCGGGUCGCAGCGCGUCUUCAGGGAGGACAGGCUAGCACUGCUGUCGGGCACACUGCGCACGUUCCAGGUGGCGUCCUGUGACGGCGACCAGCUGCGGCUCGAGUGUCCGGCCGGCACCACCGUCUCUAUCCAGCUGGUGCAGUACGGCCGGCUGGCUGCGAAACCAGACCUCUGCGGUCAGGCCAGCGACAUGCGUCGCUUUAACUACACCGACUGCAUGGACAGGAGCGCCCUCAAGGUGGUGAUUGCUGCCUGCGCUGGCCGGCGCCAGUGUCAACUGCAAACCUCAGCCCAGCUGUUCGGCGUCGAUCCGUGCCCAGGCAUCAGCAAGUUCGUGGAAGUUCUCUUCAAAUGUCGACCGACUCAGUUCCGGAGCCAGGUGGUGUGCCAGGGCCAGCGGCGCACCAUCUACUGCGGCCAGGACCGCGUCGCCAUCUACUCGGCCAGCUUCGGCACGCGCAAGGAGGGCAGCGUGCACUGUCCGCAGCCGCCUGGCGUACAGCUAACAGAUUGUCAGGCGAGUUUUACCUCUGAGAAGAUGAUAAGCCUGUGCCAAGGAAAGCCGAGUUGCGAUCUUGUUGCCGAUCCGGAGCUGUACAGUCGGGCCUGUCCCCGUGAUCACAAGAUGUACCUCACCACCACGUACACAUGCGUACCGAAGGAAAUCUUGCGAGAGCAAUAUGGCCAAGAAGUGGACGAGGACUAUCAGCAGAAUAUGACGGAGGCGCCAUCGCCCAUUGACCGGCAGGCGUCGGCUGGGAUGGAUGCGCCGAACCUGUCACCUAGUGGCGAUAAUGGCCGGGAGCAGCUGAUCUUGUACCUGACGCUGGGCGUGGCCUGUUCGCUGAUGCUCUGCCUGGCGGUCGUGGUGGGCCGGAUGUGCUGCCACCGCCGCCGCCGUCGGCGGGACAAGCACGCGCGCUCCGAGCCGCCGCCGCCGGCCGGCCUCACCACCACGCUCGGCCAGCUGGACGCUGACCUUGACCUGGGGUCGGCGUCGGUCAGCAGCGGCCGCCUCACGCCGCCGUACGCCGAGCAGGUCAGCUUCGGCGCGCCGCCGUCGGAGCGGAGCCGCUACGGCUCACCUUACCGAGACAGCCUCGGCAGCUGCCAGCUGGCCGGCAGGGAGCCCUCCUACGGCGGCAGCGUGCGCAGCUUCGAGCGCGCCAGCGGGCCGCGCGCCGUCGGCCGGACCCCGCCGAGCGUGUUUUACUGCAGCUAGUGCCGCGCCGCGACCCUCC